AUGACCCAUACAGAUAAGAUUCAGGAUUUAGGAGUAAGGUACAGUUACGGAACAGUUUUGCAUAAUGCUAUUGAUGAUGAAGGCAAACUGGAAGACGAUUUUUCGUUUAUGGACUUUCGCGAUGAAAUAUCUAAGAGAGCACCAAGCAGUGCUGUGGGAAUCUAUAAGAGCCUGAAACACUCCUUCAUAAGUCUUGCAAAACCAAACGCUAAAAUAAGCGUUUCUAGAAGAAGAAGAUCACGUUCUUGGUUCUGGAGUUCUAGACGACGACGUUUCAGUCGUGUGUCAAGAAGAACAGCUUCAUCAAAUUUCAACCCUCGCAAGGAUAUGGUCUUUGUUAUGGAUAGAUCGGGAAGUGUUGGUCGACACCAUUUUAACUUACAGAAAACGUUUAUCAAACAACUUAUCGAGUACUUUGAUAUUUCUCGAUCUAAAACUUUGGUCGCCAUCGUCACAUUUGCAAGUAACGUUAAACUGGAGUUCGAUUUUAACAAAUAUCCUAACAAGGAAUGUUUAAGAAAUGGGAUUAAAAACAUUCGAUACACUGGAGGCCUCACUGCAACCGGACCUGCACUUCAUUACGUUCUAAACAAUUUGAUAAUGAGUCAUUCUACUGGUGCCAGAAAUCCGCCCCUGGUCACGACAAGCAUCUCUAAAACUGAACUCAAUUCCAUUGCAUCAAAACCAGACUUCGUUUAUUACGUCACAAAUGGAUAUUCUACAUUGAGUACUGUAAUUAGGAAAUUAAAGAAAGGUCUGUCCACCAAAUGUAAAUAUGGAAAAGAUAAUUGUCGAAUUCGAAAGGAGUUUAACGACCUGACAAACGUUGAGCGUAUUCGCUAUAUAACAACAGUUAAAACAGCAUCGACCAUCUCUAAAUACAAAAGAAAGUACGAGCGCCUUCUAACUAUUCACAGAACCAUCUUCUCUGGGUAUAAUAUUCACCGGAAGCAAUUCUUUCUUCCUUGGCAUCGUUGGUUUAUUUUACAAUACGAGAAUCUUUUGAGAGAAAUAGAUUGUCGCGUGACCGUGCCGUAUUGGGACUGGAGCCAAGAGGCUGGGAGACCGUUUUCCAGCUCUGUGUGGAGUGCGAGCAGCGCUGGAUUGGGAGAUGAUGGAUCACCAUCGACGAACUGCGUUAAAACAGGGCCAUUUAGGGACAGUCAAUGGUCUCUACCAUUGAGCUCUGGUGAAAAUGAUAGAUGUCUCAAGAGGCGAUUUCGUGGUAGGGUACCCAAUGCAGCGGCGGUAAAGGAACUAUUGAAAAGACCCUCAAUUCAGUUUCACAAUUUUGAAAUGUCUCUCCGUAGAUUUUUUCACGACAGUGUCCAUUGCAAUAUAGGUGGAACAAUGUGCUCAAAUAAUUCAGCGUUUGCUCCAGAAUUCUUCCUUCAUCAUGGCUUUGUCGAUAAACUCUGGUGGGAUUGGCAGAAUAAAGGAAGCUCGUUCAAGUUUCACUCAUAUUUUCAACUACAAAAUUCGUUGAUGUCGCAGACUUCUCAUCGCCCGAGAGAUUUAACUGAUUUAAGCAAACAGCCUGAUUGCGUAUGCGUAAAAUACAAAAAAAAAACAGGUGUUCAGAAAUAUCAGAGUUGGAUGGAGGUUCUCUAGGCGUAGGCGCUUCACUAAAGUAAAAAGACCACGUGUUCCACGAUUGUCAUCAGCUGCCAUAAAGUUGUUCAAAAUAUCUUCCUCAGAGGUUCGUCAACUGCGAAAGUUGAGAAAAGCUUUGCAACCAAGAUAGUCACGAAACAUCCGUUACUGCUCAAUCUCCAGGUUGAUGAAGAGCUCAAGUUGAUGCUUUAGAUUACUUGUUUUUGUUUAAUUUUAAUUAACUGUUCAUUGCAUGAUUAUUGCAAUUGGAAUUCUGUCUUAGAAAACGAGUUAAAUACUCUUUAAAAUACAAAUAGCAAAGUUUGCAUUGAUUUUAAUAAAGUUUUCGUUUCAAAAAUGCCA